AUGGCCUCCCAACAAGAAUCCCGAAUGGACUCGUCAGUAUUUGACAGCAUCCCCGACACCGUCGAGGCUUUCCGCAACGGCGAAUUCGUCGUAGUCCUCGACGACCCCAACCGCGAGAACGAAGCCGACCUGAUCAUCGCCGCCGAGUCCGUCACCGCCCAACAAAUGGCCUUCAUGGUGCGCUACUCGUCCGGUCUAAUCUGCGCGCCCAUCCUUCCGCAGCGCACCCUAGACCUGGAGCUGCCGCAAAUGGUCGGUCACAACGAAGACCCGCGCGCGACGGCCUACACCAUCAGCGUCGACGCCGCCGACCCGUCCGUGACCACGGGCAUCAGCGCCCAUGAUCGCGCGCUUGUGUGCCGCGUGUUGGCUGAUGAGAAGACUAAGCCGGAGGACUUAAGAAGACCAGGUCACGUUUUCCCGCUUAGAGCUAGGCCGGGCGGUGUUAGGCAGCGCAGAGGACAUACCGAGGCGGCGAUUGAUUUGUGUAGGAUGGCGGGGAAGAAGCCGGCGGCGGUGAUUAGUGAGCUGGUGAAUGAUGGACGGGAGGUCGAAGGGCAGGCGGUCAGGGAGGAGCCAGGUAUGAUGAGGGGGGAGCAGUGCGUGGCGUUUGCUAGGAGGUGGGGGUUGAAGGUUUGCACGAUUGAGGAUAUGGUCAAGUAUUUGGAGGAGAAGGAGGGGAAGUUGGAGGUUAAUGGAUCUUCCUGA